AGAGUGUUGUCACAAUUUAAAUUGUGACAGUCGCAAUCAAUAAUAUUACAUGCAAAAUAUGGUGUAUUUGCAUUUUCCGUCAAAUUUAACUGAAGAAGAAUUGAUGCUACAAGCUAAAUAUAAUAAAUUAAAAAGAAAGAAAAAAGCAUUACAGGAUUUGAAAGCUCCUAAACAAGAAGCAGAACGUGUGCCACAAGUACCAAAACGUCCGACGGAAGCAAGAGAUGCUCGAGAAGUUGCUAAGAAAUUGAUAAAGUCUGGCGUUAUUACAGCACCGAAGACACCUAAGAGACCAGAACAAUCAUUUAAAAGGCCUCGUGGACUAGAAAGAAAAUUAAAUAGUACAGAGAAAACAAUAAGUUCUUAUCAACCAUUUUCAGCAGCUCAACUGGAAGAAGAAGAAAAUGAAGCAGUAAGGCCAAGAGUGAAAGAUUUAUAUGAUAGUUUUGUUAGUGCUCAAGAUUCAGAAGAUAGAACUGUAGUAGAUAAACAAGCACCACUUAAACAAGAAUUGAAACCACGAGCUGGUAAUACAAUUUUUGUUUGUGGUUAUAAAAUAUCUGAAGAUUUCUUAAAGAAGCACUUUCAGACAUUUGGCAAUGUAAUUAAUAUAUCAAUGGAGGCAGAAAAAAAUCGAGGAUUUGUGACGUUCGACAAACCUGAUGCAGCUGAGAGAGCGAUAAGUGAAAUGGAUGGCAGCAUGGUUUCUUCUAUUCAGUUAAAAGUUUCAUUGGCGAGAAGACAACCAAUAAUAGAAUCUAUAAAUGAUGCUUCUUCUAGUUCAAUGUGGACACCAAUAGCAGCUAAUUAUUCCCAGAAAAGUAUACAUAAAGAUAGACGUGAGUUAAAAGUUUAUGAGGAAGAUCUUUUUCAGUAACGCGAAGUUUUGUAGUUUAAUUUUUACCCUUGUACAUAUUCAAGUUUUUGUAUAUUUAUUGUUAAGAAUGUUAAGAAUAUUUGAUUAGAUAAUCUUAUAUUUAUGUUGUUAUUAAAUAGUAUAAGACGAAAAUGAAAAAGCAAAAGUUGCUUUUUUGCAAUAUUUUGAAAUUUAACAUAUACAAUACUAAAUAUAUUAGAAAUUAUUAAUAUUUUAUGACAAAAAGAAGACAUUCGAGUCUCAAUAUAUUGUGAAAUAAUAUUUGUUUUCAAAGAAAAUGAAAAAACAAAAAAAAUCGAAACGUUGUGUUGCACAAUUUUUUUUAUAUUUCACAUUUUUCUAAGGAUAACUACAAGUAUUGAAGAGAUCUAUAGAUCUCUCUUAUUGCGGUAAAUUUUAUAAAUAAGGCAUAUUAAUUUAGAUUUAAUAGCACAUUUAAUGUUGUCCUUUUGUAAGACUUUCAUAAUUGUAUAAAGCUAGCAUUAUCAUUAUGAUAAUCAUUGUAGCUAUCGUUGUUGUUUUCGUCAUUAUAACAUCAUUAUUAAUAUAUAAAAUAAACUUACUUAAAGAAUA